CCUCCUCCCAUCAGCAGCUCAGUCCCCCAGCUCUCCCCUAACGCCCAGAGACGCACCCCAUACGAGUGGAUGAGGCGCAGCAUCCCCAGCACCAGCAGCAGCGGCAAGACCAGGACGAAAGACAAGUACCGGGUGGUGUACACGGACCACCAACGCCUGGAGCUGGAGAAGGAGUUUCACUACAGCCGCUAUAUCACCAUCCGCCGCAAGACUGAGCUGGCCGCUGCCCUUGGGCUCACGGAACGGCAGGUUAAAAUCUGGUUUCAAAACCGGAGGGCGAAGGAGAGAAAGGUGAACAAAAAGAAGAUGCAGCAGCAAAGCCAGCCCACCAGCACCACCACGCCGACCCCGCCGGCUGUCGGCACGCUGGGACCCAUCGGAGGCCUCUGCAGCAGCAGUGCCCCGAACCUCGUCUCCUCAUCUCCACUGACAAUCAAGGAGGAGUUCAUGCCUUAA